AUGGUCAAUUGGACCUCUUUCGUCUUUUUGUUUUCCCUUGGCCUGGUGGCUGCCUCUGACCCUGGUUACGAUUGUCGACCCGGUCAAAAAUGUUGGCCCUCCAUACGCGAAUGGCAACAAUUCAACGCCAGUAUUAAUGGACAUCUCUAUGAAACAGUUCCCAUUGCCGCUCCCUGUUACAAGAACUCACCCUAUUAUGACGAGGCUGCCUGCAAAGUUGUCGAGGACUACUACGGUGACAGUGUUGCUCGUGGAGAGCACUUCGGGCAAACCUACUGGUUGAACUGGGAGACCUGUCGCAAUUCCGGAUGCACUCUUCUUGAGACCAACCCGGAAGAGACUAUAUUCCCUACAUGCUCUAUUGGGAGACUGGCAUCCUAUUAUGUCGAUAUUCGCGAACCAUCCCACAUCUCCGCUGCGCUCAAGUUUGCAAAGACCCAUAACAUCCGCAUCAGUAUCAAAAAUACGGGUCAUGAUUACUACGGGCGAUCCUCAGUGCCAAACACCCUUGCCAUCUGGACUCACAACCUCGAUACCCUUAAAUUCUACUCCAACUUCACCGCCAGCAAGUGUCCCUCCGCAAAUGGACCAAAUGUUGGAGAACUUGGAGCCGGUAUCAUUGCAGGUGAUGCCUAUCGAUUCUUCAGUGGCCAUGGCAUGGAUAUCACCGGAGGAUAUGAGCAGUCAGUUGGCCUGGCCGGUGGAUUCGGUCAAGGAGGAGGUGUCGGGUCGUUUACAACGACCUACGGUUUGAUGGUCGACAAUGCCGUGGAAUUCGAAGUGGUAACUGCCGACGGAGAGCUGCGCACUAUUAACCAGUGUAAUGACCCAGAGCUUUUCUGGGCUAUGCGUGGGGGAGGAGGCGGCACUUAUGCCAUCCUCACAAAGUAUCGCGUCCAAGUGUACCCCUCGCUACCAAUUCAUACCUACACCUUUACCGCCAAUUUUACAGGCGUCGAUUACAACUCCGAUGCGAUGAAGAAUGUCGCUCUUCGCGAGAUCAUGACAGCUCAUGCGCAGAAUCAAAUUGACUGGUCAGCCCAAUUAAUAACUGGGCAGAUUGAGUACUUCCCGGAGAAGUUCACAGUCGGCCUGGUGCUCGUCUAUGGAGACGAUGGCUCCAAGUUGAAGUCUGCUACAGCCUCCUUUGCCAAGUUCCUAAGCAACAGAACGGAUCUUUCUGUUUCAGAAAACAGCUAUAACUAUUACGCCGACUAUGCAAGCUUUCUCUCCGUCACUGCUGCCGAUGCCAAGGUCACUGAGCCGUCUGGCAUUUACUCUCUGCUUGCCUCCCGACUCAUUCCUCGCAAAGUUUUCACUGCUCCUGACAGCAUUGAUGAGCUGGUUGAUGGAGUAUUACAUGGCAUUGCGGUGUCUAGAAGUCUCCUCAAUCUGACAGGAACCCAGGUCGUCCCAGAGACUCCCGUCACCAAUCUUGAUAGCAACCAAGCAUCAUCUGCGAACCCAGCCUGGCGCGAUGCCCUUUGGCAUGUGAUUCAUGCUGGAGAAUGGUUGGAGCCCUUGGAGGAUGAUGUGCUGCAGAAGACCACCAAUGGAUUCCUGCAAAUGUUGGAACCCUUGAAGAAAUUGAGUCCUGGCGGCGGAGUGUACCUCAACGAAGCGCACUAUCUGGAGCCGGACUGGCAGCAAACCUACUUCGGGUCUCACUACCCCAAGCUUUUGGAAGUGAAGAACAAGUAUGACCCUACUCAUAUCUUUGAUUGCUACAAGUGUGUUGGUUGGAGGGGCGAAGAAGAGUGA